AGGGAUCGGUAUGUCCUGCAACUACGCAAUCCCGGAUUCUUUUGUUUCUAAAAAUUCUAUUUUGUCUAUUCCUUUUCGUCCUCACUCUAGGUGGAUCAACAAUAAUUCUUAGUUUCAACUAGAAGCUGAAGCAAGACAGGAGCAGAGAAAUCAUCGUUGUAAUACUUGUGUCGAUUAAGUACAUCAAGACAUCAGCACGAACAAAAAUCAAAAAGAUGACGAUCACGAUUGCAGGUAAGAAAAGUGUCCUGGUUACCUCUGCCACUGGUCGCAUAGGGAAAGAGGUCGUUGCCAGACUUUCCAAAGCCGGGUUUCACGUCAAAGCAGCGGUCUUCACUCCAGAAAAAGCGGAUUAUCUCUGAUGUCCAUAGUAUCUAGCAGCUACGACGAGUCAACCCCAUAAAUGAUGUCAAUAUGUUGCACCUUAGAAGAGUCAAAAAUUUUCAUGUCCAUCGCUCCUCAAACAUCAAGUCAAAGUCGCAGCGAGUCGUCUCCUUGACGAGGACAUCUGAUGAAUUCUUAGGGUCCUCAUUUGGUGUCUUUUCAUCCUCUAAAAUUGACGUCCUUGGGCGCUACCGAGGUGGUUAAGUUUGAUCUGAAAGAUCCGACAACCUGGGCCUCCGCCACUGAAGGAAUAUCCGCCCUUUACUCUGCCAGCCUAGAUCACUCUGCCAGCCUAGAUCUCCUGCUCGAACACCAUGUCAAUUUCUGCGAUUGGCUGGGUACGGAGAAAAAGUCCCAGCUACAGCACAUUGUGCGAGUUUCCUGUAUGGGAGCAGACACGAAUACGGCUUGUUACGACAAGGAUAAGCACGUGAGUCGGGAUGGAGCUUCGAUACCGCUUAUACUCCAAAAUUACUGGUCGCGAGAGGAAGCUUUCAUGUACUACCUUGAUGCACUAAAUCGAUAUCGACAAAAAUGAGUGAAAAGUCAAAUUACAACGAAGCUAUGUAUAGGUCUAAAGCAUUGUUGCAAGAAACAAUACUUACAGCGAAAAAAUUACCCUUGCAAGGUGAAAGUAAAAGUAUCAAGCAAAAAAGGUGAAACCACAAUUAUGAACAUGAUUUACAACUCAGAAAGCACGGUUUGCCAGUGAAGGUUUUGCGAUGCAACUUCUUCAUGAACCAUUUGUUGAAAACGGAAUGCGACAACAUCAAGAGCGAGGGUUGGUUUAGCAAUCCUCUGGGAAACACACGGAAUUCAUUUGUGUCGACUUCUGAUAUCGAAGAGGCCGCAGCGGCUCGUUUGAUGGAAGGACCCGAGAAACAUGCAAAUAAAUUCUACGACAUCUUCACCGGUCCGGAACCGCAUCAAUCGAUGUCAGAGAUAGCUGCAGACCUCAGCACAGUAUUGCUUUGUUGUAAUCCACUUAAUAACUUGUCCCAGUCGUGAGUGACUAGAACCUACGUAAUUUGAUCUAUAAGAAUACCUUUGACUGUGAAAAGAACUUCAUCAGGCUCUAGGCAAGAAGAUCGAGUACCGCGCACAGGGAUUUGAGCAAUUUGAGAAAGAUUUUGGUCCUACGAGAGCCGCUUUCAUCUUCGAAUAUUUGACGAAUGGGUUCUACACUAGAUGCUCCCCAGAUUUCUACAACCUGACAGGAAGAAGUUACGCACCGAAAUUCCUGCAUCACUAUCACCAGUUUCAAGAAAUAAGGACCACUUCUUGAUUUCGUUGAUCGCUCUCUUAUUACCACCAAGAAAUCAAGCUCACCCUCACUUCUUUUUCUACUCAUGAUAAGAAUCGCCCUGAGCAAUGAGCGGUUGACGGCUCCUUAGCAAUGCAACUAGAAGGUAGUCUUAGUCUUAGUUCUGUGCAUUGGUGAAGCGUUGUCCGCAUGGCCUGUUACCUAUACCUAAACUGCAUUGGUGAUAGUGAAGGAUUUGCGUUCAUAGCGAACCUACAAGGUAUAUCGAGUAUCUGCAGAACAAGGGAGCAGCUGGCGAGACAUGUCUAGAGGAGCUAUGGCAAGGAAAUAUGUGGAAAAAAGGCGAAGAUGCUAUGAAAGCUGCCGCUAAUGUGAAAGCUGCAGCUGCUUAGAGAAAAAACGAAGAUUCAAGCGACGUCGCAUAUCAUUCAUGACGAGAAGAUGAAAAUAAGAACACCAAAUCCGAACGUAUGAAAUUCGAAGCCAUUUUCAGUCCUAUUCAUGUGUAAAAAACUACAGGAAUAAUUGGAUCGAUGUCAGAGAAUAUAGUAUUAAGGCAUAGUGAUUAUCAUUAAAAUAGUGGUUAAUAAUAGUAUACACUGUUGGAACUGUAUCAUCCCGCCGGUAGGCUUGAAGGACUACUUGGGAUUCAAAUGAAUGAAUGAAAGCAAAAGGAGCGGGUCAGUGACCACCCCUGGCAUCAGCAGCAGCUGAACAUGAGUAUUUCUGUUUCCCUGGUGGAUUUCGAUUUUCUUCAGAUGAGUGGUUGUGACAGAUUUUUUUAAUAAUGACUGAGUUGUAGUAGUAGUUUGAGUUUGCGUUCCGUAGAAGGCCGAGCGAGAUCGAGAGGUAUCUUUCGUUGUACAGAACUAACUUGCAGCCUCCUCUGGUCUAGACUUUCGUCUUCAGACUCUCCUUUUAUCAGCGCGUGGCUUAGCUCCACAAGUUUUUGUACUUAACGUCCGAUCACAGAUUCGCCUUUUCAUACAGUUUUCCCCCAUCACCGUCUUAUAGCCCUAACAAAUCUCGAUCAGAUCAUGAUAAAUAGUACACACGCAGUCCUCUUAGUCUUCAUUGACAUUUAGCAGAGAAAGGUGAAGUGCUAGGCGCAGAAACGUGACUGCUUACUAUUACGCGCCUAGUAUAUGAUGGCUGGCACUUCUCGUUCUCUCUUCUACUUUUGGUAUUGGUCUUUCCCGCAUAAUCUCGAUGAACGAAAACGAAUAGCGGGAACUGAGACUGAGGGAUAUGAUGUUAGAAACUACGAAC